GUCUGUGCGUGCGUGCGUUUCUGUGCAUACAUAGGGAAAAAGUGUUCAACGCGCGAAUGCAACCAGCGCGAAAAGCAGCCAGCUGUCAGCUUGUUGGAAUUGAUGCGUUGAAUGUUCGUUUUUCGGCACCAGUAAACAAAAUAGCUCUAUCAGGCGAUCACCGGGGCGCUUGAUGCAUCAGGUAGCAUCAUCCUUGGAACGCGCGAAGCCAUUUCCAUCCGUAGCAUUUUGGCGCUUCAUCGCUGAAUAUGACACACGCUUUGACGGGCGACUGUCAAAGCAACAUUCUCACCGAGCGGGUAGACGACUGACGUGCGCGCGCGAUGCCCACGAUGUCCUCCACGUGGAUCGAGGAGCGGCCGGGCGACCACGGUGGAAGUCCGGUCGGGCGGCGUACAUACCGCGAAAGCUCGGCGGAACCAUCGGAAGCAUUCAGCAACAUCAGCAACCAGAGCACGGGCUCGGGCCGGUCGGGUGUGCGCCGAUUCGGGGACAUCUUUCGCAAUCGGCUAAAGCUGGCCGGUGCGGCGGCAAUGCGUACGUUCAGCGAAAGUUUCCCGCAGGAGUGCAAGAUACACGCGGACGAGGAGAACGGUGUGCAGACACCGUCACCGAAGCUGCCGAAGGUUGGUGUGAAAAAUGUCCGGGCGGCGUCGUUUGAUGCGCUGGAUGCGGUGCUAGUAAACGAACGGGCACUCGGAAACCGGGAUCGAACCUUCACCGAGCGAAGCAAUACGCUGGCGGGCAGCGGUCCCAUUGCUGAAGGUACUACCGGUAAUGGUGGUGGUGGUGCGGCUGGUACUGCAGGUCUAAGAUCGAGACGGAGUUCGACUAUGUUCCGUCAGCGGACCGUACAUCGUGGCACGAGUGGUGCUAAUGCAAAAUCUUUUGCUGAGGACGAAGUGAUCAAGAAGAGCGAUCCUACGGGCAAAGGUGGACACCCGCGGCAUACGCGCAAAGAGGACAAAAAGACUAAACCGGACGAUGCGGCCCCGGUGGCACCUCGGACGGCUGAUUUCCACGGCAACAAAGGACAACCGGACGGUGAGCGGGGCCGGUUGGCAACGCAUCCGCGCACCAGCAUUGUGCACCGCGAACCAAUGGACGAGGUCGUCUUUGGGAAGCCACCGAGCCGUGAACGCGUGAACUCUACCUCACACUAUUCGACCGAGAAAAGUGGCUCGUCGGGUUACUACAGUACCAACCUCUACUCGACCGGUGGCUCCUCGGUGGACGAACACAUCUACUGUGAACCGAUCGAUCGUUGUCCGCGCACCCAGCGCCUUGAAGACGCGAGGGACCUAAAGCGUGCGAGCACGGUUAAGUCUGCAAAUCAGACGGUGAGUGAGCCAGCAAAGUCUGGUGCCAGCUGUGAUAAGAAGCGGGGUGGGAAUGAUCAGGAGCUAUCGGAAAUGCAGCGCAAUAUACGGGGAUUGGAGCAGUACUACUACCCGUCGUCGUUAGCAUCCCCGGCCGUUCCGGUACAGAUAAAUGUAAUGCGAGCGUCAGUCGCUCAGCAACCCCUGCAUGCAUCUUCCACUAUUGGUGUCGAUAGUGGUGGAGGUGGUGGAGAAAAUUGUACCGUAGGUUGUGAAGUUCCGGACCGGUCUCAGGAGCAGCAGGAACAGCAACAGUUGUCCGUCAUUAUGGAGGGCACUGAUGGGCAGAUUCCGCGACCGAUUUGGCCACUCGAUACGGACGACUCGCUGAUGGACAUCAAUCUGGAAUCAUUCCGCAUGGCAAACCAUAGCAGUCAGAAUCUGAUUGGAUUUGAGAGUCCCACGAUGUCGUCGAUCUCCGAGAGUGAGAUGUAUGCGAUGCGCGAUCAGGUAACGGAUGGCGCAACAGAGGGCACUAGUCGGAAGAAGUCUCAGUACGAAGAGUAUCUCGAGUUCCAUAAUACGCGCAACAUUCUGGAGCAGAUACGAGGCAAAUUGAACACAUUGCUGGAACAGCGAACGGAGCAGGAUCAAGCAGCUCCGAGGAUACCGAACUCCGGCAAUCCGUUCGUGAAGGAUCCGGGACCGAGCGAAACGGAGCUGGAAAAGAACAUUGCCAUCUUGAAGGCGGACCUGGACGGGUACCUGCGGACGAUGAACCAGAAGAACGAGAACGAAAUCCGCCGAUUCUGCAAGGGAAUGAGCCGGGAGCCGAAGGUGGUUGCCGUCCAGAAUGCGGUUGAGCAGCGCAAUCGGUCUCGUUCCGGGUCGAUUCUAAGUCUGGAGCACGAUUACGAGCUGCUAGAGCGAACCGGUGCCGUACCGUAUCCAACGUCCUGUGGUUCGGAAUCACUGUUACCGUACUACCAAGUGCUACCACCGGACACGUGCGAGGGCCGUCCGCCGGCAGCAUUACCAGCCGCAGCCCUGGUGCUCAACCGGCGCAGCCCACCGAAUCCGUUUGCCCAGGAAGUGCGCCAGCAGGGUCAACCGGGAUCGAUCGGUGGCUUACAUUCGCUUUGUUGUCAGCAGCGUUACCUGAACAGUGAUGAAAUUCGGGUCUGCAAUCGGUACGGGGGCUGCGAGCGUACGGAGCCUAAUGUGGCCAUCGAUAUGCCGGACAGUGACGACGGUGAGGUUGGGAAGACGUUCGUCACGUCAACUAGUCGCGGUGCUGGUGCGCGUAGUGUGGAUUGUCGAAGUGUCAGUAUUGGUAUGCCGGAAGAUGAAACGGCGGUGGAAGGUGAUAGGGUAAAGCGUGGUUCACGUGUAAAGCUGAAAACCGACCCACCGGAUGGGUGCCCGGCGACGGGUGAUUGUGUGAGUGAUAGUGGGAGCGGGGGGCCACACAUGGCGCACUGUGAUUUUAACCAGCUGCAGCGCAACAUCACGCUCGAGCGCAUCAUCCUGAUGGAGAGCCUCGGCAAGUCGCGUAACGGCCAGUUCGGUGACAAGGAGAAGAUGCUGCUCGAAUGGCACCAGAACAAACCGAGCUGCUGGGAGCUGUACUACGGUGCCAAUCGCGAGGAGCACCCACCACACCAGACGCUGAUCCGGAAGAUGAAGCUCGGCCGCAAGAGCACGGUGUGCAUUUCUUACCCCUCAACUCGUCCGGAAUCCGACUUCACGCUGGACGUCCCGCGUGCCGAGCAGCUGCGACUAAAGAUGAAGAAGGAAAAACAGUUCCGCAGUCGGUGCCGCUGGUUUUUCUACUUCUUGAGUAUCGUUUUCUUUCUACUAUCGGUAAUGGUGGUCAGUCUGAUAUUGACGCGGGGAAAGCGCAUGUUUGGAAGCAUGAUAUAGUUCAGCUGUGGGCUGCCAAGGAUUCGCCAUUCGUUCCCAGGUUGGAUUGGAGUGCCGGUUUUGUUUUCCGAUAAGCUUCAAGCCCGAGUGCAAAAGAAACCUAAGAAGCAUCUUGUUGAUUUUAGCUGAUUUUAAAUGUUUACUUUCCAUACAUUUUAACGUUUUUUUUGUCGAAAGUUGUAGUGCAGCGCGUUAGCUAAUGACUCUCCAUUUGUGUUAAAUAUUGUAACGUUGUUUUGUAGUCCCACACGCAGUCAAGAGGAUUGAUGUAGUUUGUCCUUUUUUUGUUUUGAGUUAAUUGUGUGGGAAAAUGUUUAAUCCUGCAACGUCAAUCUCAAGUAAAAACCGCCGGAACCCGCCGUCAUCGAGAUACGGCGAUCAAUUUGACAGUUUCUCCUCUUUUUCCUUUCCGAUCGCCGUGUUGUAUUUUUGUUGUUCGUUCUUCAUAGAACUCUCUUUCGGGCGGUGAAGGCGGUAGGAAGAUAAGGUUAUGACUUGAAAAUAAUGAUAAUUUAGUUUUGAUGUUGAUCGAUGUUUUGAAAGUGAAUUAAUGAUUUGUUUUGUA